UCUCACGCCGGUGUCUUUAUUUUUGUUUUUAUCACAGAAGAGUCACUCAGACUUACACACUGCUUACACUGUGCAUUGUAUUGUUUGUGUGUCUUUCUGAAUCUGAUCAGCGCUUUAUUUUACUUUAGUUUACCCUUCGUAGCUUUCCGAAGAAUUGAAAACUAAACGUUAUAGAAUUGCUUGGUAAAGGUAGCUAUGGAUGCACUGCCUACUCAAGAUAUUGUUGAUGGAGAAUUCAACAGCGAGGAAGAUGAACCAUCUCAAGAUGCGUGGGGUCGUCUCUUCCCUCUCGGCUCUAGUUUUGUCGCCAUGGAUUUGGUAAAUGAUACCUACUCAUUUGGCAGGGGAGAGACCUGUGAUGUUCCUUUCAGCAGCCAGGCAGCCAAGAAUCACCAGUGUUUUCAGGCUUACAGUAAAGUCCAUUUCAAGCUUGUCAGGAAAAAUACAAGCACAGGAGAGCAUGUGUUUUUGGAAGACACCAGCAGCAAUGGUACAUUUAUCAAUGGUGAAAAAGUUGGAAAGGGAAAGAAGCAGGUUCUUAACAACAACGAUGAAAUUGCCCUGGCCUUGAAGAAAAAUAAAGCUUACGUGUUCAUGGACUUGAACGCUAACGAGGACUCAAGCCUGCCACCUGAGCUCACAGAGAAGUACACGCUGACUCGUGUGUUGGGCAGAGGGGCCUGUGGGGAAGUGAGGCUAGCUUUCUCCAAGGGCUCAUGUGACAAAUUUGCCUGCAAGAUUAUCUCAAAGAAAAAAUUUUCCGUCGGUGGGAAAACGGCAGUGAACAUGGCAUCCCAAGUCAUGGGUGAAGUGAAAAUUCUGAAAGCGUUAAAACAUCCGUGUAUCAUUGGAAUAGAGGAUGUGAUUGACACACCAGACAUGCUGUACAUUUUCUUGGAACUGGUGGAAGGUGGUGAGCUGUUUGACAAGGUGGUCUCAAUAGACAAGUACGAUGAGAGCACGGGGAAGAUGCUCUUCUUCCAGAUGGCUACAGCUAUAAAGUAUCUCCAUGAUCAGGGCAUCACACACAGAGAUUUGAAGCCUGAGAAUAUCCUGCUCAACUCUGAUGAACUGGAGACUUUAAUUAAGGUGACAGAUUUCGGCUUGUCCAAGUUUAUCGAUGCUGGCUCCAUCAUGAAGACGUUUUGUGGCACACCGACCUACUUAGCACCAGAGAUUCUGCUGACGGCCGGGAGUGGGGCGUACACCAAGGCCAUAGACUGCUGGAGUCUCGGGGUCAUUCUUUUCAUCAUGCUGUCCGGGUACCCGCCAUUCUCGGACGAGCGUAAAGACAUGGACCUGCCCAAACAGAUCCUGGGAGGACAUUAUUCCUUCCCCAAGCAAUAUUGGAAGGAUGUCUCUGAGACAGCAAUUGAUUUAAUCAAAAAGAUGAUGGUGGUGGACCCAAAGAAGAGAAUUGAUUUUGCUGAUGUUCUUAAUCAUCCAUGGCUACAGGACGAAGAAAUGAGGAGUAAGGCCAACAAACUCAUGUAUCCAAACUCUGGAAAAAUGGCACCCCCAAACAUGCCUGUACCAAAGCGGAAAGCGACUGAGAAUGAGGAUGAGCCCGCCCAGAAACGGAAAAGUUCGGCUGACAUAAGCACCCCACCCGAGACUCCAUGAAGAAGAUGACCAAAGAUUCCAGACUGUCAAGGUUGCAAGGAGAGACUGAAUGUAGAUACAGAUGUUCAUAGACAUUUACAUUGGCAGCUGACAGUUCUGAUGAACACACCAACCCAUGAAAAUCAAACUGUCUUAAGUGCAGUAACCAUCAUUUUUAAGAAAAUCGCCACGGAAAAUGUGUUACUGCUUGUUUUUCUUAUAAUGUGAUCGCCCUUUGGAAUUCUUCUUGGUUUCCAUUAUUUUUUUUCUGAUAAAAAGAUUUAUCCUUAAAAUGGAAUAAACUAGUGUAGUACCCAGUAUGUAAUUUAAUAAUGAAAAUAAUUCACCCCUAAUGAACUCAUGAUGACCUUGAUAGGAGGAAGGGAAGUUUUAGACUUUGCAAGGUACCACAGGAAAUUCAAUCAUAUUGUUUUAUUCUCAAAAUUUUGGCACUUUAAGCAGUUUUUCUUUCAAGGGUUGAUAUUAGAUUUUCUUUAUAUUGCCAGGUCUGCAUCGAUCCUAUUCUAUUAGAAUUUUAAAAAUCUGAGAUGGACUCUUUAGUUUAUCUUGCCUGAACUCCAUUUCCUUUUGUAUUUGAAAUAACAGCAGCGGCAGAACUUUUGGUCAGGAGAGAACUGAAUGUGAUCCGACAGAUUCACAGUAGUUCCUGCUGACAUGGAUUGAUUUUGUCAAGUUAUAUAUGAGCAUUUCUCCCAAAAUGUUCAAAAUAUCAGAUUUGUUUUUUUCAAAAGCAUGCACAAAUUUGGAAGUGCAAAUGUUUAAUAUUUGGGAGAAUGAAAUUAUUCUUUUCCGUGCAUUCUCCAGCCCCUUGGGGUAACAUUGUGCACAAAAAUUAAUUUCAAUGUUUGCCUUCUCAAAAUCACCAUUCCGCAUUUAGAUGACGGGAUCACAAUUUGAUUGGCUCUAUAAAUUAUAUGAAUCUCUGAGUGAUUGUGUUCAGGAAAGUGUUGAUUUUUCAAAAAGAUAUUGUCAUAGUGAGGAGGAAUAUGAAGCAUUUGAUUUAAUGUGCUUUUGAUAAUGACCUGAUUGCUGAUCUGGUCUCUAAUGGCUUGGGUGUCUUUGCCCAGGCUCCAGUUAUUUCAGUUCGAAAGAAAUCUUGAUUAAAGGCCUCUACAGAAUUUGUUGAAAAUGCAUCAACUUGAUCAACAUACUGGUGUGAAUUGUGAAUGAGAGCACAAAGUCUCAAUAACUUAAUAGUAAUAGUAUGAUGGUUUCUCUGUUUCUAAGGCAAUACUUUUACUAGGUCAUUAAAUGGAAAGAUAUUCUUCUCUUUGAAAAUAUUGCCAAAAAUGACAUGCUGGUGUAUGUACGAGAAAGGCAGCUAUCUGGUUUAGCUUUGUAUCAUGUCAAGACUGAUAUAUAUGUCUGUAAUGUCCUAAAGAUUUGAUGAUUCUUGUUUUGAGGAAAGAAUUUUCCUUCUUCAUAUGCUCAUCAAGUUUUGAUUUUCACUUUGGAACAAAAAAAAGACUGAUGGGAGCGGAAAAGCAGCUAUCACACUUUUUGCUAUUUUGAGAAAUUUUUUCCAACUUGGAAACACAAAUCUUUCCAGAAAUGUGGGAUUUUCUCUGUUCUUUUUUUUUUUUUUUUUACAUGAACCUUGCUUUUAUUUUUUUAUUUUAAAAAAAUUGAAUGCUAUGUUAAAUUGUUGUGACAUAAGUUCCCAUGGGGUAUAACAUCUCAAAAUGAUAAUGCCAUUUUUUUCUCUGUAGUCCUGUUUCUUUAUGUACGUUUGCACUACAGAUAGUGGCAGUGAACUUUCCAGCCGUCCGCGUGUGGUGAAUAUUUCUGUAAGUGUGUGUGUCACAUCGGAGUUGACAUCACCCACAUAUGACUAUGAGGUGUAACGGUUAAGCCAUUUGCACUUGUUUGCAGAAGACUGAAUUUGAUUCCUGAGUUUGGGGGGGGGGGUAAUUAUUUUUGGAGUAUUUCCGUCUAUCUGCUGAGGUAUUGUAUCUCACUGGGCCUUGGCUGGCCCUGACCGCCAGGGUCAAAGAAGCUUCGUGUCGUAAAUGAUGUAAAUUGUGUGGAAUAGGGUGUAAAACAUCUCUACAUUGAGGGUUGGCCUCUUACGGUGAACUUUUCUAUCGCAGCACCAUGUUCAAACUCGUCAAGUUUAGUUUAGUUAGAGUUUUACGGCGCUCACACUGUAUAAGGUCAUAUGGGUGCGCCAAACUCUUCUUAGUUGAACAUUUGUUCCUUUUGUGUUGGAUGGGUGGAUGUUUUUGCAGAUUUUUCUCAGAAUUUCUUUGUGGUGUAAGAUGAAACAGUUAUGAAAGAACGUGAUUGUUUGAUAUGGUUUUCGUGGUGAAGAGUAACGUUGAUAGUUAAAAAGCAGAGGGUAAAAGAGUAUCACUUGGUAUGUCCUAUUUCUUUUCUUUCUUUCUGUUGAAUCUGUGUCUGUCUGUCUAUCUUACUCUUUCUGUGCACUAAAUUAUUGUCAUAGUGUCGGUGUGCUUCUCUUUACUCAAAAACCCUAAAAAGAAACUGUUGAAUUCGUAAUUUUGGGGUCGUAAGUGAUGAAUUUUUUUCUAAAUUGUGCAGCUGUCUCAAGAGAAGUGAGUGUAACCUUUUUUUCAUUUACCUGGCCCUGGAAAUAUGGGUCAAACAAGAGUUGUUCAUUUUUCGUGCAACAGCAACAAGGGCGCUUUUGCUUGUUUUAGCCAUCUGCAGGGUUCUUUCUCUAGCAAAGGGAACAAAAAUGUUUAUGAUUUCAAUCUAAUUCUUGUUUAAUGUUGCAUUCAUUCCACCAUAGAAAUGUUGUUUUUGAAGGGGUUUUUUUAUUAAACGAUGUGAUGUUUGUUGAAGUGA